AUGACGCCACCAUCUAAUGAGAUGAGUAUUAUGAAUGUCUUAGCAAGUUUUGAGCUGGGCAAGUAUCAGGAAGCAAUUGACCGUGCAUGGAAGGUUUUAUACGAUGUGAUUAUUCCUUAUAACACUCCGGGUAUACAAGAAGCUUUGGGCAUCUAUAUUGUGGUUCUGCGGCAGUUAUUGGGAGUUCCCGAAGUCUCCCAAGCAAGUACGCGCAUUCUAAAUAUCAUUGAUUUGAUUGUUCAUCCCAGAAAGGGAUCUAUUUUAGAUAAUACUGGUGUAAUUGGUGAAGAUGAAGAGAUACCGAAACCGACUAAUGACUCUGCGGAGUUGGAUGAAAGCAUGGACAAAGAUAGUGAGGAUGUGAAAGAGUCUAAAAAGAAAGUGUGCUUUACAAUCGUUGAAUAA